CUUUGUAAGUUCAGCUCAUGAUGAAUGGGGGCAAAAACAAAAGUGUUGCAUUUAGAAUUUUGUUCAGUGUAAAUACGGACUAUCCAAGAUACUCAAAGAAGAAGCCCCACUAUCAGCAGAAGCAUUAACUCGGUCACCUACAACAUUGCCAAACACAUAUUUACUAUCCUAGCCCCCUUGGUUGGCAACACCCAAAACUCUAUGGACUUUGUGAACAAAGUUGAAGGAGUGAAACUGCACCCAGAUGAAACCAAUGUGUCUUAUGAUGUGACUUCUUUGUUUACAUGCAUCCCCACCAUGGAGGCAGUAGGAACAAUAAGGACACAACUGCUACAAGAUAACACUCUGAACAACAGAACUAGUCUCAGUCAUUUAACCAGAUCUGAAAACUACUGGACAACGGAGGAUUCUACAGACAGCUUGGCCGUGCCAUGGGCUCUCCAGUAUCCCCUACUGUUAACAUCUACUUAGAAGAAGAGGAGAGCAAAGCCCUGAACUCCUUCAGAGGAACAGCACCGAGCCACUGAUACAGGUAUGGGGACAACACAUGGGUCAAAUUUAAAUCCUAGGAAGUGCAAGCCUUCACAGAACACAUCAACUCUGUGGACAGUAACAUCAAGUUCACACAAGAAGAUGUCAAGAACAACCGUUUGGCCUUCCUGGACUGUAUGCCGUACACAUUGAAGAGGACAGGAGCCUGCAGUAUACAGGAAACCCACACGUGUGUAUUUUGAUGCCUGGGAUUUCCUUCGUUAAGUGGAUUACCUCUGUUGUAUUUGGACUUUGUUGUAAGCUUGGUUUCUUCCUUUGAUAAAUAAACUGAGAGACUCUAUCUGUUCCACCUACUUGUCCUGUGUUUGGGUCCUAAAACCUGUUCCUGCGAGAGCACACGCCAUUCCUGACAUAAAGACUGCACACCUACAUUUUUUUACAUUUUAGACAGAGGGUGGAUGGUUUGAAAAAGGUAUCAAGGAAGCCAUUUACACCCGGGUUGAAUAGCUGUUGCUAACAGGGUCUGCUACAGGGUCUGCUACACCAAUUAUCCUCCACUUAUAAAGCCAUUGUUUCAUCACUUCCCAGGAAACUAAACCAACAUUCACUUUUGGCCUCAGGUGAGGAUACCAGCGAUGGUCGUUUAGACUUGGCCUUGGGUGCCUCGAACAACAAUAACGACUCUUGUUACAACAGCCAGGAGCACUAAGGAACAAGUGGUAUCAAUCAUCUUGACAACGACCCCACAGAGGUUAAAUAGCUGAGUUUCCCUACCAGUCAGUCAGAACUGAAGAACUCUCUUGAAUGAGGGACGAAACAUCUUUGAGUAUCUCCAAUCAAGUCCAGUUGCCCUUGACUUCAACCUUCCUUGGAUAGCUAUGGCCUGGAUGACUGAGAACCUUCACAGACAUUAGGAUGUCUUCUAAGAAAUGAAUCGGCACAGUCUGACUGAAAUGUACACAUAACAGGAGAGAAGCAAUGGGUAGCCCGAUCCCCCUGUUGGCCAGUGUGGUGUCCACUCUGGGUGGCCUGGUCUUUGGUUACGAGUUGGGCAUCAUCUCAGGUGCUUUGCUGCAGCUGAAGGCAGAGUUCAGACUCUCAUGUGUCCAGCAGGAAACUCUGGUCAGCUCUUUGUUAAUAGGAGCUCUGCUGGCCUCCAUCAUGGGCGGCUGCUUGAUCGACUACCACGGCCGCAGGAACUCCAUCCUCCUCAGCAAUGCCCUGAUACUGACCGGCAGCCUUGUCCUGCUCAUCAGCUCCUACUCUGCGCUGGUGGUAGGCAGGAUCACAGUGGGCUUCGCCAUGUGUAUAUCUUCCAUGUCCUGCUGCAUCUUUGUGUCUGAGAUGGUUACUCCUGGCCGCAGGGGCUUCCUGGUAACACUGUACGAAGCUGGGAUCACUGUGGGUAUCCUGGCAGCCUAUGUCAUGAACUACAUCCUGUCUGACUCUAAAAGAGGGUGGAAGUGGAUGUUUGGAUUAGCCAUUGUACCGACUUUGAUUCAGCUGGUCUCUAUCUGGUUUCUUCCGUCCAGCACUAAGGGCUCUUUACAGCAGAGAGAUUGCUUUCCAACUGAAAGAGACCUCACGAGCGCCAUCGAAAACCUGGAAGCAGAUGACUCAAAAGCCAGCUCCAGCCUGGAAAACAAGAAGGUUCAGUACAACAGCAUGUACCUGUUCCAGCGUAAAGACAACAUGAGGACUCGGACUGUCAUUGGCCUCGGACUGGUGCUCUUUCAGCAGUUCACAGGCCAGCCGAAUGUUCUCCUCUACGCCUCCACCAUCUUCCACUCGGUGGGGUUUCAUAGCAAUGCCUCGGCAGUGCUGGCGUCUGUGGGCUUGGGGUUAGUCAAAGUGAUUGCUACUCUGACCUCCAUGGUGUUUUCAGACAGGGUGGGCAGGAGGCCUCUGCUCAUCAGUGGAUGCUCUGUUAUGGCACUGGGUCUGAUAACCAUUGGACUCCUCAGUGGACAUUCGUUGGUGAAUGCUAAGAGGCCGUGUAAUUCUGAGGACUUUAGUGUUAACAGAACAGAUCUACCUAAUUUAACAGUUUGUAAUUGGUCAGCUUUGGACACGGCUUCUGUUGAGAGCCGAAGACUCCUUAAGAACAACACACCAGAUGAAGACGUAGUACUUCAUAAAGUUAGACAGGGACCACCGGACACUCCUCUGGCAUCUUCUCCUAGCGUCCAUGGCACAGUUGUGAACUGGAUCAUUCUUGUGUGUAUGAUGGCUGUUGUCAGUGCAUACUCCGUUGGAUUUGGACCAAUGACCUGGCUUCUCCUGAGUGAAAUAUUUCCAGCUGCUAUCAGAGGAAGGGCAUUCGCAUUCACCAGCUGCUUCAACUGGGCUGCCAACCUGUUGGUCACAUUCACUUUCUUGAAUUUUAUUGAUGCAAUUGGUCUGUCGGGGAUGUUUCUUUUGUAUGGGAUGAGUGCUGUGGCAGCUGGUGUUUUCUUCUACUUCAUAUUACCAGAGACCAAAGGGAAGACUCUGGAGGAGAUAGACGAGGAGCUGUGUUUCAGCAGGUUGUACCACAGUAAGGAGUGUUGUGGCAUCAUCAGCCGGAGAAACAUUUCCCCACAAUACCAGAGAGUGCACUGUCAAGUUACCACCUCAGGGUGAUGCAUCUGAUUUUACAGUAACGCUUAAGAUUACAAUAGAUUCUGAUGUGUACAGCAAAAUUACUCUGCCGUUAAAAUGUGAUAUUUUGUACUAACAAGUGUCUAACAGUGUAAAUUUGCUGUCCCCUCAAAAUAACAUCACACAGCCAUUACUGUCUAAACCGCUGGCAAGUAAAAAUGUCCAAAUGGGCCCAAAGUGUCAAUAUUUUUUGUGGCUACCAUUAUUUUCCAGCAGUGCCUUGACCCUCUUGGGCAUGGAGUUCACCAGAGCUUCACUUCUUGCGCCCCUCCAUGAGGACGUCACAGAGCUGGUGGAUGUUAGAGACCUUGCGCUCCUUCACCUUCCGUUUGAGGACGCCCCACAGACGCUCAAUAGGGUUUAGGUCUGGAGACAUGCUUGUUCAUCACCUUUACCCUCAGAUUCUUCUUCAGCUAGCGAGGCAGAGGUCGUCUUGGAGGUGUGUUUGGGAUCGUUCUUCUUUGGUCAAGCAUGGCCAAACUUAUAUUAGUCAUUUUUUAAAUAGUGGGUAUUAUUACCAGGUACAUAUGACCUACUGAGUACUAAUCUAAUAACCUGGGUAUUUGGGAGGAACGUAAGAGUAUUUAUAGUAGUUAUUUUACUACUGGGUACCUAUUUAAUUACUAUUACAGGGUACAGUAUGACCAUAAAACUGAGCAAAAAUCUGGGCAUUUCAGGGAAGCUGAAGUGAGGACUUCUGUGUCGCUUAAUAGAUUCUGAUGUGAUGUAUUUUAAACUGACCUCAUUACCAACAAACAACAUUGUUCCUAAAUAAUUACCCACAUGUUGACAGAUUUAUUAAGUGAUGCAGAAGUCCCGCUGUCUUACCUGAAAACUUCCAGAUUAGUGCUCAAACAUCAGGUAGGAUGCAUACAUAGAAUAGGUACCCAGUAGUUUAAAAAAUAACUACAGCACAAGUUCUGUGUAAGAUCCUGAAUCGUGACCCACUUACUUCAUAACUUCACAUCUUGUUCCCCAGUACCUACAUUACGUAGGUUAUAUGUAUUGGUAUGCACUAUACUGGUACACUGUUAGUACAAAGAUUACGUCAUAAUUCCCGAGUAAUUUCCCUGUACGUUGUGGGCUGUAAUCUAGAGCAGUGGUUCUCACAGAGGGGUCUUUGAGGGGCCCAAAAAGGAGGAUUAUUUCAUUUCAGUCAAUAAGUAACAAAGACAGAAUGUGUGGCUAUUUUGGUCAAAGGUUUCAUUGACUUUCUGUCUAAAAUCCUAUCAGAUGGGGGACCCUGAGAAUCUUCUCAAACAGCGAUGGUCCACUUUGUGUCAGUUUAGGGGUCCUUGAUGUGAAAAAGUUUGAGAACCGCUGACCUAAAGCGUUACCGAUAUCAUAAACACAGCAUCAGUUUACAAGUUUUUUGGCACAAUAAAUGCACAGAAGAAUUUACUGAAAGGACACAAUCAUUCAUCCUACUCUGACAAUUUACUCUGUUGCACUCUACAUUGAAAUAUGUAUUACUUUUGUAAAACAUAAUAAGUGUUUUCUGUGUGAUCGUGUGUUGUGUUGCAGUCAUACCAAAUGCACACUUAUUGGUGUUCAAACAUUUUUACGUGGUAGACUUUUGUUACAACUAAUUACAACAUUGUAUUUAGUAUUUAAAAAGGACCUUUUGGGUGCAUUCCUUAACAUUUGUGCUCGCAAAUAAUACAGUUUGCACAAGUUAUCUAUGGAUUUGUUUACCACCUGUCUGACCACUUGACCAUUCAAGUGUGUUCCUUUCACCAAUAAAGUUGGUACUACUGUCAUAACCAA